AUGCCCUUUGCCAUCUUCGACGACGUUCGUCACCUGCUGGUCGGUGAUGCCAAUCCUGCGCGUGAGGAGGGCGGCCUUGACUAUGAGCGAUGCGCUGCUCUGCAUAAUGCCAUCGUGAGACACGGAUGGACGGCGUGUGGUCGCUCUCUAGACACCCUGCCCACAGUCACUGCUUGGGAAAAGGACCCAGAUGGAUGGGAGCAGGAUGUUGACCGUCUUCAUGUAUCAAUGGUCGAGUUUCUCAAGAGAGCGUACGACACCGAAAUGCCUGAGACAGAGCCGAUCUACGACUUUAUGCCAAGAGAAUACAGGUUUUUCUAUUUUCUCGAGGGACUUAUCGGUCCCCAUGGCCAUGAAGCUCCUCUCUACAACUAUGACGAUAUUGAGGAUUUUCCUGGUCAGUAUAUGACAUUAUAUACCGUCAACGACCAAUUAGGAUCGCACCCUCAUGGCCUUGUUUAUAACCAGGAAACACAUGAGUGUGUCAUCAACUUUCACAAUGUGCACUUCAACCCGGAGUAUGAAGACAUUCCUUGGCAGAGACUGGAAACAGUCCUCAGUGUUUACAUUGACAUGAUCGAGUCCGAAAAAGUUGUAUGCAUCCACAAUGAUCGGAACAAUGAUGUGAUGUUUGGACCUUGGAUCAUUCAACCGCACACCAAAGAAGUACUGGAUGGAUGUCUUCAGACUUGGGAUUUGCUCGUUCAAGCUAUCGAAGAAAAAAUGCCGACGGCUCCGAACGUUGAUACAAAGCCAGAAUAUGGCCUGACCAACGAAGAAAUGCUCGAGUCAGCUGGAAUCACCGAGGAUUUUCCCAAACUGGUUCUAUUGCGUGCUCGAAAACCUCGAUUCAACUUUAUUGCACCCGGGCUCCGGCUGCUAACACCCGAAGAAAUCGUGGAACAGCCGUUGAAGAGUAUGAUGGCGAGGCAGGCCGAUUUGCAAGUCCGGAAGAAGAUGCCGGUACUUCUAUUUAAGGGCGAUGACACUUGCAAAGCAUCUGAGUGGUUCCCCUAUCCGUACAAAGAAGCCACAGAUAUUCCAACUGGAUUGUACUUCGAGGGCUGGUCGCAAGAGGACUUGACCCCUUUCACAGACGCAACAAGACUGCUACUACCUUUCACAAUUGGUGGCGAAGACACAUGGGCCAUGACAAGCAAUGGCAUAGCGAUUGACGGCACACAUGAUGAGCUCUACCAGAUGGGCAUAAAUCCAUUUGCAUCCUACCAUGGUGUUUCUUUGCUUGCAAUAUUGGAGAACUUCUAUGCGCACAUAUGUCAAGGGCAUUGGUCGGUAGAUGAGAACGGAGUUAGUGGCACUAUCGACACAUUCCGUGAAGCAGAGUCCGAGGAGCAUUGCGACAAAUACUUAGUGCCUAUGGGCCCUGAAGCCUACUGGUGA